AUGCAUUCAUGUUACACUCCCAGUUACGCCCACACCUACAUCCCCUUCAAACUAAACCGCUUCCCUCCCCGAAGCGCACCGGUUCGAGCAGCAGCGGUUACUUCCACAGAGAAGCGAACCAGAAAGAAGAAACAACCCAAAGAUGACGACACUUCCCUUGAAACCAGUCUCCGGUUCAGUUUCAUGGAGGAGCUCAUGAACCAUGCCAGGAACCGUAACUCAACCGGAGUUUCUCAAGUCAUGUACGACAUGAUUGCCGCCGGUUUGAGUCCAGGCCCUAGGUCGUUUCACGGCUUGGUAGUUUCCUACGUUCUUAACGGCGAUGAACAAGCCGCGAUGGAUUCUCUGAGGAGAGAGUUAGGUGCGGGGCUUCGACCGAUUCAUGAAACUUUCAUUGCGUUGGUAAGAUUGUUUGGGUCUAAAGGUCAAGCCACUAGAGGUUUAGAGAUACUUGGAGCUAUGGAAAAGCUAGAUUAUGAUAUUCGUCAAGCUUGGAUUAUUCUUAUUGAGGAACUCGUUCGGAAUAAGCAUUUGGAAGAUGCUAAUAGAGUGUUCUUGAAGGGUGCUAAGGGUGGCCUUAGGGCUACUGAUGAAGUAUAUGAUCUUCUAAUUGUGGAAGACUGUAAAGCGGGAGACCAUUCUAAUGCUUUGGAAGUUUCAUAUGAGAUGGAAGCUGCUGGACGAAUGGCAACAACGUUUCAUUUUAAUUGCCUCCUUUCUGUGCAGGCUACCUGCGGAAUACCUGAAAUAGCCUUUACAACAUUUGAGAACAUGGAAUAUGGAGAAGAUUAUAUGAAGCCGGAUACAGAAACAUACAAUUGGGUCAUUCAAGCGUAUACUAGAGCUGAUUCGUAUGACAGAGUACAAGAUGUCGCUGAGUUACUUGGCAUGAUGGUCGAAGAUCAUAAGCGCAUACAGCCAAAUGUGAAAACCCAUGCGCUGUUAGUGGAGUGUUUUACCAAGUACUGUGUAGUACGAGAAGCUAUCAGGCAUUUCCGAGCACUUAAAACCUUUGAAGGGGGUAUAAAAGUUCUACAUAAUGAAGGGAACUAUGGAGAUCCUCUUUCUUUGUAUCUUCGGGCAUUGUGUCGGGAAGGAAGGAUUAUUGACUUGCUUGAAGCUUUAGAAGCUAUGGCCAAAGAUAACCAGCAAAUUCCCCCACGGGCAAUGAUCUCGAGCAGAAAAUACCGAACCUUAGUGAGUUCAUGGAUUGAACCUUUACAAGAGGAGGCUGAACUUGGUUAUGAGAUUGAUUAUAUUGCUAGAUAUGUUGAACAAGGUGGCCUUACUGGAGAGCGCAAACGGUGGGUGCCUCGAAGUGGUAAAACACCUCUAGAUCCUGAUGCUGACGGAUUUAUAUAUUCAAAUCCAAUGGAGACCUCCUUCAAACAAAGAUGCCAUGAGGAGAGGAAGGUGUACCAUAAGAAGCUUCUAAAGAAGUUGCGGUACGAAGGAAUUGUAGCUUUAGGGGAUGGUGUAUCUGAAUUUGACUAUGUUAGAGUGCUUGCGUGGCUAAAGAAAAUCAUAAAGGGGCCUGAAAAGAAUGCUUUAAAGCCUAAGGCUGCUAGUAAAAUGCUUGUGCUUGAAUUGAAGGAAGAACUAGAAGCACAAGGUUUGCCUACUGAUGGAACCAGAAAUGUUCUUUACCAGCGUGUACAGAAAGCAAGGAGAAUAAAUCAAUCUCGGGGUCGGCCGCUUUGGGUUCCUCCCAUUGAAGAGGAGGAAGAAGAGGUGGAUGAAGAGUUGAAUGCAUUGAUUUCACGCAUAAAGCUGGAGGAAGGAAAUACAGAAUAUUGGAAACGCCGCUUCUUAGGAGAAGGCUUACCUGGUGCUCAUGGAAAUGGCAUGAUUGAAGAUACAUCAGAGUCCCCCGAUGUUCAAGAUUAUAUUGAUGUUGCAGAGGAUGAUGCAAAAGAGGCCGAAGAUGAUGAAACAGAAGAUGAAGAUGAGGAAGUAGAACAGGCAGAACAGGCAGUAGAGAACCAAGAUGUAGAGAGGAUAAAGGAAAAGGAAGUUGGAAGUAAAAAUCCCCUUCAAAUGAUUGGAGUCCAGCUGUUGAAAGAUUCUGACCAACCCUCUGCAUCUUCUAAAAAGUUAAGAAGAAGAAGAAAAAAUCGGAAUAUGGUCGAGGAUGAUGUCGAUGAUGAUUGGUUUCCUUUGGACAUAUUUGAGGCAUUUAAGGAAAUGAGGAAUCGUAGAGUGUUUGAUGUAUCAGACAUGUACUCCUUAGCAGAUGCUUGGGGGUGGACAUGGGAGAAAGAACUGAAAAGCAAGCCUCCUCAUAGAUGGUCACAGGAGUGGGAAGUUGAGUUGGCAAUCCAGGUUAUGCAGAAGGUCAUACAAUUGGGAGGAAUGCCAACUAUUGGAGAUUGUGCCGUGAUCUUGCGUGCAGCUAUAAAAGCACCUCUACCUUCAGCUUUCUUGACAAUUUUGCAGACAACUCAUGGUCUUGGCUAUAAGUUUGGGAGACCGCUUUAUGAUGAGAUCAUAUCUCUUUGCCUUGAUCUUGGGGAACUAGAUGCUGCCGUUGCCGUUGUGGCAGACUUGGAAACAACGGGGAUCUCGGUUUCAGACGAAACUCUGGACAGGGUAAUUUCUGCUAAACAGGAGAUUGGUAAUGCUUCAAAUGAUGGCAUUGAUGCAGCAGGAUUGUAA